UGUGAUGUGUCGACUGAACCUCGGCUGACUACUUCUUUCGGCUCUGAUUGAUAAAAAACCAACGACACUUUGUGCUUUCAGCCCUCAAAGCCCGUUUUCUGAGCCUGAACCCGUCCCAGAUUUGAACCAGACCCGGACUACACAGACGUGACGCUGGGACAAUGGAGUCUAACGUGAUCCCGGACAGUAUCCGCCCUCAGAGGCUGCAGCCGGGGAUUGGAUUCGGUUCAGGACCGACCGGGACCCUCCGCUCCUCCUCUCUCCGGCCCGGGGUUACGGUCCCCAUCGCGCCACUGCUGCCCUCCCCGGCCUCCUUGGCCGCCUCCUCCGGGCCUCCUCCUCCUCCGCCACCGCUGCAGCUCCACAGCCUGUACGGAGGCAUCGGCGCCGGGCUAGGGCCGGGGGCCGGCGGCCACUGCAACCCGGGGAACCCGGCGGUGCUGAAGGAGGCGGUGGAGGCUGUGGUCCGCAGCUUCGCUAAACACACGCAGGGCUACGGCAGAGUAAACGUGGUGGAAGCUUUACAGGAGUUUUGGCAGAUGAAGCUGACCAGAGGGGCCGACUUGCGGAACGGAGCUCUCGUUGUUUAUGAAAUGGUCCCAUCCAACAGCCCACCGUAUGUUUGCUAUGUUAGUCUUCCAGGAGGCAGCUGCUUUGGAAGUUUCCAGUUCUGUCCCACCAAGGCAGAGGCCAGACGCAGUGCUGCCAAGAUUGCUCUCAUGAACUCUGUUUUCAAUGAGCAUCCCUCUCGUCGCAUCACAGACGACUUCAUUGAGAAGAGCGUCAGUGAGGCUCUGGCCUCCUUCAAUGGAAACAGAGAAGAGGCAGACAAUCCAAACACGGGGAUCGGGGCAUUUCGCUUCAUGCUCGAGUCCAACAAAGGAAAAUCAAUGCUGGAGUUUCAGGAGCUGAUGACUGUUUUCCAGCUUCUGCACUGGAACGGAAGCCUGAAAGCCAUGAGAGAACGACAGUGUUCCCGACAGGAAGUGCUGGCUCACUAUUCCCACCGGGCUUUGGAUGAUGACAUGCGCACUCAGAUGGCUGCCGACUGGGUGAACCGGGAACAGAGCGUCGCGGGCGCUAUCGGCCAGGAGCUGGCUUCCACAGAGCGAGAACUGGAGGAGGCCAGACUGGCGGGCAGAGAACUGCGUUUUUACAAGGAGAAGAAAGACAUCCUGAUGUUAGCUGUGGGCCAACUCAAUGCAGCCAACACUGCCACUCUGCCCUCACACUAAACACGCCGUCCGUUGCGAAAACAUGCCUUCACACCCUGUAGGAUUCCUGGUAACAGUAUUGAUCGCGUCCAUAGAUAUAAAGGUGAUUCUUCUGAACUUAUACGUUUUAUAUCUUGUGUGUUGUUAUGAGGUCCAGGUAAUCAGGCCUUGAUUUACAGUAUGCACGUCCGUCCGUAAAAACAAGCACUUGCCACCAUAGCCGUUACCUCUUUGUGCCUAGUGAAUACAGGAUAUCAGUGCUUCUUUCAAAUUACCUGUACAUAUGCUCCCAGCUGACUGGGGUUUUUUUUUUUUUUUCAUGGUUUCAUAUCUAUUUCCUCAAAGUAGACCUACAGAAACAAAGCCUGCCUUUCAUUGGUGAAUGUACGGGACAUAUGACCCAUCAAACCAAACCAGAAUUAAGGGAUGAAUCAUUCUGAAGUCAGACAAGCGUGUUUCAUUAAUGUUUUAAUGUGUGUGUUUAUACUUACAUCUAGUAUUCUGGACUCAAGACGGUGAAAAGAAUGGACCCUGUGUCUAUUAAUAGAGCAAAUAACUAAAUAUAAUACUACAUAAACUGCAACAACUUCAAUGCCUUGGAUAAAGAUCUUACUGAAUAUGAACACAACUCAAUCAGGUCAUGUUAAGCCUGUUGUACAAAGAAUAUUGUGUUUGGAAUUUGAAGCAUCUAAUAACUUCAGAAUUUUAGUGCGAAUAGAAACUCUUAUUGGCUCGUGUAAUAAUUUGUGGGUACUUGGCAAAGAUGUCAGCAGGUGACUGACCGCUCUGACAGCAGCUCAGGUAUCUCAAACAUCGGACCAUCACUCUGUUUUUUCUAUCUUAUUUUGUUUGUGUUUGUGUGUAUG